UUGAUGCUCUUCUCCUUUUUGCUUUCAUCUUAGUUGUGUUUGGUCUGUCAACGCACUUCCAUCGUCGGGCGUUUCAAGACUUCUGUUGUAGGAUCUCUCAAUGCUUUCCCAAUGGUUCGAUUCCAUAUGCACCGCAAAUGAGGCUUCCCUAUUGCUCGUUCAUUUCCAUGUCUUCUUUUACUUCUACCGCUUUAAAUUGAGCCAUUUAGAUAGAACAUGGCGGAAAACAGCGGAGUGAUUACGUGCCAUACCGUUGGAUCAUGGAAGCAGCAGCUCCUCAAAGGAAAACAAUCCAAUAAAUUGAUUGUCGUGGACUUCACUGCCGCAUGGUGCGGUCCGUGCCGUGCCAUCGCUCCAGCUUUUGCAGAGUUGGCUAAGAAGAUGAGUAAUGUUAUAUUCUUGAAGGUCGAUGUUGAUAAAUUGAAUACUGUUGCUGCGGAAUGGGGAGUGGGUGCUCUCCCUUGUUUCAUGUUCUUGAAGAAUGGGAAGGUGGUGGCCAGGUUUGUCGGUGCAAGAAAAGAUGCAUUGCAGAAAAUUGUUUUACAGCAUGCCUAAUGGGAAGUCCAUGUUGAGGAGAUAUCAUCAUCUGUUCUUUGGAUUUCAUUUGAAGAGAAAGGUGCCACCUUUCCCCAGUUGGUAAUAAAUUGAUGCUUUUGGUUAGCACAACUUUGAUCUUUCUUGUGUUUGAUUGUUUUUUGAUCAGUUUACUAUUUCGAGGCUACCAGGCUUGUUAUGUAAUAAAUGAGCUCUUUUUCUUUUGUUGAACAAAAA